AAGGCCACUCGGCCCAGGGCCGCCUUGGCCCGGCCUGGGGUGGAGGCGGAGGCGGAGGCGCGGGAGUUAUGGAGGGGGCGGGCUCUGCAGGGAAGUGCGUCAGAGGAGGCGCCGGGAGAGUAGGGUGCUGUGGUCGGAGCUGGAGGGCGAAGCCGGUGGAGUGAGAGGAUGGGCGUAUGCAGGUGAUAGACUAGAGAACAAGACUUCUGUCUCCGUAGCAUCUUGGAGCAGUCUGAAUGCCAGAAUGGAUAACCGUUUUGCUACAGCAUUUGUGAUUGCUUGUGUGCUUAGCCUCAUUUCCACCAUCUACAUGGCGGCCUCGAUAGGCACAGACUUCUGGUAUGAAUAUCGAAGUCCUGUUCAAGAAAAUUCAAGUGAUUCCAAUAAAAUCCUCUGGGACGACUUCCUUGGUGAUGAGGCAGAUGAAAAGACUUAUAAUGACGCACUAUUCCGAUACAAUGGCCGACUGGGACUGUGGAGACGGUGCAUCACCAUACCCAAAAGCACACAUUGGUACGCGCCACCAGAAAGGACAGAGACACUUGAUGUGGUUACUAAGUGCAUGAGUUUCUCACUAAAUGAACAGUUCAUGGAGAAAUAUGUUGAUCCUGGAAACCACAAUAGUGGAAUUGAUCUGCUUCGGACCUAUCUUUGGCGUUGCCAGUUCCUUUUACCUUUCGUUAGCUUGGGUUUGAUGUGCUUUGGGGCUUUAAUUGGACUUUGUGCCUGUAUCUGCCGCAGCCUAUAUCCCACCAUUGCCACGGGCAUUCUCCAUCUCCUUGCAGGUCUGUGUACGCUGGGCUCUGUGAGUUGUUAUGUUGCUGGCAUUGAGCUCCUACAUCAGAAACUAGGGCUGCCCGAGAAUGUGACUGGAGAAUUUGGAUGGUCCUUCUGUCUGGCCUGCGUCUCGGCUCCCUUACAGUUCAUGGCGUCUGCUCUCUUCAUCUGGGCUGCCCACACCAACCGGAAAGAGUACACCUUAAUGAAGGCCUACCGCGUGGCAUGAGUGGAGAACUGCCUGCUUGGCAAUUGCUGUUUUUUAAUUUUUUUUUUAAACUAUUGAGAUUUUUCCAUGUCUUUUUCUGAAUUGUCUUUGAUUUUUAUUUUUGCGGAUAUGCUAUUUUAUCCUAAAAGUCCCUCUUAUUUAAAUACAGUGCCACUAAAUACAUACUAAAUAGCAUUUAAAAUGUAUGUGGUUUACUUUGAGUGAUUUGGUCUUUUUACCAAAUUGGUCUAGAUUUGGAAUCCAGACAGAAAGAACUUUAGAGAUGUGACCCAAAUUUGUGAAAGAAUAACGGCAGUGGAAAAUUGACCCAGAACAGGGUCCUCUAACGUCUGGUAAAUUCAGUAGUGUAGUAACUGUGUGCUGAGCUAGAAACUAAUUUCUGUGUGCUAUCUGUUGACACUGUCAAAACUUCAUGUUUACUUUCUGUUGUUAAUACCAGUCAGCUAGCAGAACCAGUUUCCUAAAGAUGUGUGCACAUAAAAUUGGAAAAUUAUUUAGCAUCCUUGUCCCUAAACAUUGGUACACUGCUUCAUCUGAGGUGAAAUAUGGCAGCUGUUUAUACUGUGAUUGUCUACAAGAAAAAAAAAAAAGUGAAAAAUGAUGUUUACUUGAAAUUGUAGCUUUUAACUGCAAAUUUUCAAUUCAAUGAUAAAAGCUGAUUAAUCUUACUACAUUAUACUAUUUUUUUUUAAAAAACUGAAACUCAUUAGGAUUUUCAGCGCCACCAAACCAUUAUGAAUGUUUGCUGCUUCCCCCUCCACACACCAGGCUUAUUAAAAGAGCACUUUCUUCUUAAGAGAGCAUUAGAAGAACCACAGUCAGUUCCCAACUGCUUUGUUGUAGCUAAUUGGGAGGCCCUACCAAUAAUGACCCCCAGUGCUGGGGUACUGC